AACGGCCCCAAGGACUACAAUAGCUUGCAUAUGGGUGACGGGUACCGACCUGGCCAACAUCCCAAUGCAGGAUACGAUAUCUGAAUCCUCCGGUCCCCCACGAAGCCGUCUACCAGAUAACGAAAUUGAUUGAGUUAAACAUCACAAGGCCCAUGAUUAUCUUGAAGGCAUUUUCUUCUACCCAUGGAUAUCGAUUUCCCAGCACAUAUUUCCCCCUUUGCGGCAUACCUUCGGCUUUCUUUCGCCAUUGCACGUGUCAAUCCUGGUUUCAUGAUUUCGUCUUCUCAUAAUAAAACGACACAGCAUGAAUUGUUCUUUCUUUUCAAAUUGCCCUUUGGUCCACAUAUGGAACAGCACGACAACCCGAUAUUGGAGCAGCGCGGCAAAAUAAACAGCGGGACGUUCGUCGAUGGUAAGACCACAUGCCGCGAUGAGACCAAGCACGUGUACGAAGAACCAAGUCAAUUCAGCCUCCGAAAUGCUGCAGAGGCCAAAGUUUCGGAGAUAUCAGCCUGGAAUUUGGAUCUUCUGUCCGAAUCGAGCAAUUUGACAAAGCUCUGCAAUUGUUUCCAGCUUCAGGGGUACCGUGCGCAGUUGAGCAUGGUUAUAAGGUCCGACAGCAUGGACCGUAGGGCAGAGCAUAUUUGGCCUCUUAAUUGUUCGAUGGGCCGUUCUCAGGGCAUUUCGUAUAGGGGCUUUCAGAUGUAUAUUAGUUCUCAGAAGCUGCGAUGAAUUUGCGAAUGAAUUUUACAUAGACCAAACCUCUCG